AUGGUCAUGUGCUGCACCUUUGCCCCUUCAGUUAUCUCUGGACCAUACUCCUGCAUGCUGCACCAGAUGCCUGGCAGCCAUGCCCUAGUUGAGAAAAUAGGUCUAAGACUCAAGCAGUUUAAAGUGCUCAUGGCUUUUAGCCAGCUGGACAGCUUGGUGGCGUCCCAUGCCACCGCCCGGACUUCCCGAUUCGCUCCCUGCAAAGCCGGCGGGGACAGCGAUCCGAGCGCUGCCUUCGCCUGGAGAACCUUCAACGCCGCAACCCUGGACAUCGGGACGCGCACAACUGGUCCGGGUGGGGGCGGCGGCGGCGGCCUGGCCCCGACGCCUUUUUCCAUUCAAGCCCUCCUCACCAAGAAGGAAGUGGGCGCCGCGCGAGUCGUAGCUGCCGCCCGUCCUUGCCCUCCGAUGCUCCUGCCCAACCCCGAGGGUACGUCCGCCUGCUGCUGGCGCCUCUUUGACCCGGCGGCCACCACUCUGGGCCCCGUGCUCCAGCCGCCGCCGCCGCCCCAGGAGCAGCAGCGCUCUGACCCCGCGGCUGCCCGGCCACCCCACUGCGACUCGGAUUCAGUCCUGAGCGAGGAGCACGACGGCGACGACGAGGAGCAAGAGUCCGGCGGCAGAGAGGGCCACGUGCCCGCUGACUCCCGAAGACCCCGAGAGAGGCUGCACACUCGAUUCCUCGUGGGAAGAAUCGGCACCGAGAAAGGCCACCCUCCUCCGUCCCCGCAAAGCCAGCCCCCGGGUCAAGGUUCGGGGCCGCCGACAACAGGAGGCGGCAGCCACACUGAAGAGGAGGACAAGGAGGAGGAGGACGACGAAGCCAAACACGGCUGCCUGGGCUCCAAAGCCCUCUCCGAGGAGGACGAGGCGAUGUCGGCGGGCAUCCCGGCCCCAGUGGCAACCUCGACGGCGUUCCAGAAACCGCGCAAAAAGCGCUCGCGGGCGGCCUUUUCCCACGCGCAGGUUUUCGAGCUGGAGCGGCGCUUCAACCACCAGCGCUACCUCUCUGGGCCCGAACGCGCCGACCUGGCUGCUUCGCUCAAGCUCACCGAGACGCAGGUGAAAAUCUGGUUCCAAAAUCGGCGCUACAAGACGAAGCGGCGCCAGCUGGCCGCGGACUUAUUGUCUGCCGCGCCGGCGGCCAAGAAAGUAGCGGUCAGAGUGCUAGUCCGUGAUGAUCAGAGGCAGUAUCACCCGAACGAGAUAGUCCGGCCGCCUCCCCUCUUCUCCUUCCAGCCCUCUUACUAUUAUCCUUAUUACUGCCUGCCGGGCUGGGCUCUUUCCGCCUGUGCUGCCCCUGCCGCCGGGGGCAUCAAAUGA